CUUUUUCUUUCGAAAACAAAUAAAAAGUAACGUAUUCUGCACCGAUAAUUAUUAUCAAUCAUCUGUUGUUAUCGUGUUAUAAACGAAAAUUUCUGCAGAUUUUUUAAUUUUGCUUUCCUAACGUUGAAGUUGAAUUAUCACAUUUAGAAGAUACCUAAAAGAUGUUUAUCAGCCUAAAAUCAUCCGAGGGAGACAUUUUCACCGUAUAUGUGCAAGUUGCGAGAUGUUCCGAAGUAAUAAAAACAAUGUUAGAUAUUUGUGGAAGUGGAAUGCACAGCGAGGAUGAUGCUGACGAUUACGGUAACGUGAUAUUGCCAUUGCCAAAUGUAGAUUCUGCCACUUUGAAAUUACUAAUUGAUUGGAUGUCACAUCAUUUUUUUUAUGACGAACCUUGGAUAAAACCUAAAAAUGCCCAGCCAGAACUGCCACAUGAACCAUUUCAUAUCCCGCCCUGGGACAAGGAAUUCUUAAAAAUUGACAGAGAAAGUCUCUUCAAAUUGCUUCAGGCUUCCAACUAUCUUGAGAUUAGUGCUUUAAGGACGGUGGUAUCUAAAACAAUCGCCAAUAAGUUGCGUGGAAAGACACUUGAAGAAGUAAUGAAAAAUUUCAACAUACCUCAAUCAUCAUCAGAAUAA